UAGAAAUCAGGGUCCCUUUAGUUUCUAGGGGUCAUCAGACCAAUGAGGAAAAGGAGAGUUAAUACAUUUAUGGACAUGCACAGAACGUAGAUAUAGACAGGCGUUAGGGUGCCAACAACGGGAAAAUUCAGCUCCCUAUGGGAAAUUCCAGCAUAAAUCAUCCUUUAAUGAUGAUCAAUCCAUGAGAGACCCACCAGACCCCAACACUAUUGUUAUGACUCAAGGAAGAAUAAAUUAGAUGUUGGCCUGAGAUUUUGGAAGUCCUGAAAGAGGUGGAGUUUUCCUUUUUCACUGACGGAGGAAUUUGAAAUCACAGAGAAACAGGAAAGCAAAAAUGGAAAUAUUUCAUAAACACAAGGGUGAAGGUAAAAUCAGAAUUUCCCAUGAACUCUCAGAAGGGGAAAAAUUAGGAACAAGUAACAGAAAGGUGCGGGUGAAGAAAUGCCUGGAUAGCCUUGGGAUUCCCUGUAAUCUGGAUGAUGUGCCCAAUAUCGCCAUCCUGGGAGCUGGAGGAGGUCUACGAGCCAUGAUCGCCCUUCAUGGAACCCUGCAGGAGCUACAAAAACAUGGUCUCUUGGACACCAUCAUGUACUUGUGUGGGGUCUCAGGCUCAACUUGGUGCAUGUCAUAUCUCUACAAAAAUGGGGACUGGACAGAGAAAUUGCAGGCCCUGGAGGAAAGUAUGUGUGCUAGACUUUCCAAAUACACCUGGAGUGUCCCAAAGGCAACAAAAUUGCUUCUCGAGGCAGCUAAAGAUGUAAAUUACUCCCUGACUGAGUUCUGGGCCUACACUGUGGUCUAUGGAAUGUUACAUGAGCUGGACAAGGGACACUUGUCUGAGCAGCAGAGUGCUUCUGAGAAUGGAAAUAAUCCUUACCCCAUCUAUGCAGCAGUAGAUGAGCAAAGUUUUUCCAAAGUAACUGAAUACUCUCCAGCAACCUGGUUUGAGUUCACUCCCCAUGAAGCCAGCUUCCUUGGCUAUGGAGCAAGUGUACCCAUGGAAUACUUUGGAAGUGAAUACAAGAAUGGGGAGCUAAAGAAGCAGAAAGAAGAGAAAAACAUGAGUUACCUACAAGGGUUGUGGGGAAGUGCCAUUGGCAGCAAAACAGAAAAUGAAAAAGUUAUAAAAGAUAUAUUCUUUGGCUUCUUUAAGGGAGAAAAAGAAUCAUAUUCACCAUCUAAAGAAAGUUGUCCAGAAGGAAUAGUCAAGGGAUUUCCAGUACCCACCACUGAACCUGAAGCUGGUGAUAUGGAAGGCUCAUUGCACAGUGAGCCAGCAGGAGCUUCACCAGGAGGCUUUUCACCAGAUACUAAGAAUAAGACAAUUACUGAAAACAUUAAAGGCGGAGUAGGCUCAGUGGUGGAUUUCGCUAGAAUGUGGCAAAAAACCACUCAUGGUCUCUUGACCUGGAAAUGGGGAACGAAUAAUAACUUUCUUUACAAAUGUUCUGCUUUUGAUUCUACUGAGCUGGUGAAGGAUAAAGUCAUCUCCUUGGUAGAUGCUGGAAUAGCCAUAAACUGUGCUUUCCCUCUGGUUCUCCGCCCGGAAAGGAAAGUGAAACUGAUCCUCUCCUUUGACUAUGGCCCUUUUGAACCAUUUAAGACCCUCAAGCAAACUGCCAAAUACUGUAAGGAAAACUGCAUCCCAUUUCCUGAGAUAGACGAGAAAUUGCUCCUAGAGCCAGAUAACCCCUCCGACUGCUACAUCUUCAGAGGAGAGGGUGCUCCAACUGUCAUGCACUUCCCACUUUUCAACAGAGUGAAUUGCCCAGCCUAUGUGACGGAAUGGAGAAUUAGAUUCACCACUGUUCGCUUUCUCUACCAUGUGGGAGACAUCACCAAACUCCUUCAAUCAGCCAGACUGAAUGUAUUGAACAAUAAAGACAAGAUCCUACAAGAGAUCAAACACAUUGUGGCUCACUCCAGCAAGGAGGCAAACUCUUAAGAAGACUUUUUCAUCUAUGCUUUGCGUAUGUUAAAGCCACCCAGUAGAUUUUGCGAACUACAGAAUUGUCAUUUGGCUGGAAAAUGUUAUCAUUUGGAAUCACAGUGGGGAGAGGAGUCUCAGCUUCCGCUGUGAAAGCACUAGUACCUAGUUCGUGAGUUAGCCCUGUAACUUGACUGCACUUUACUUCAGCAAAUUUGAUUCUGCGCAUGAGUCAAAGAAAAAUUCUCUCUUGGUAUUCUUUGCUUGCAGUUUGAAUUAUUGCUCAAUCUGUCUCUGCUCUGUGUGAUGCCAGAUGCCUUUGUCUCC